UCAUAAUCUGUCGGAGAAGACAACAAUAAUUCGGACCAAGUUAGAGAGAGAGAGAGAGAGAGGGAGAUGGGUUUUACCUUUGGUGGCUGAGCUGAGAGCUUCAUGGAAGAGACACUGGUGACGAAAUGGGGAGAGAAGAAGCAGCAAAUUUAGCAGGGCUUACCAUAAGAACAUCACCAGCAGCAAGCUCAUCAAGCGAUAAGACAGGUAAAGAUCUUCGGACAAAUGGCACUUGUAACAAUGCUUCAGAUUCAUCUCCAAGCAUAAAGACCUCUCCUUUCAACUCGCCUUCUCUCGUGUCCCCACCAUCUUCUGCCUUCGUUUCCGCUUUGCAAUCUCCUUAUAUAUCUCCUAGAGCCACAACAACCACUGUCGGCUACAAAGGCUCGGAGUGUGAAGACAUACCGAGCAGCUCUUACACCCCUCUUUCCGACCAGUAUGAGUUUUCCGAUGACCCAGUUGACCGGAAAAUCAAGUUUUCGGCUUGUGCUUCGGAUCCUGUUCCUCCAAGGAUUUCGUUCUCGUUCCCAGUUCCGAGGGUCUCCUUCGCUAAGGUCUCGGUCUCUUCUCCUGCUACCAAUGCCAAGCUCAGGAGCUGCGAUGUCUUCAUUGGGUUCCAUGGUCAAAAUCCUAACCUGGUGAGGUUCUGCAAGUGGGUUAAGUCAGAGCUUGAGCUUCAGGGGAUCGCAUGUUUCGUAGCUGACAGAGCCAAAUAUUCGGACACACAGAGCCAUGAGAUCGCGGACAGGGUUAUCUGCUCAGUCACGUACGGGAUUGUGGUCGUGUCUUGUUCAAGCCUGCUCAACUACCUCAGCUUGGAGGAAGUUAGAUUCUUUGCCCAAAAGAAGAACUUGAUCCCGAUUUUCUACGGAACUGGACCUGCAGAGAUAAUGGCUCUUCUGAACUGCAAUUCCAUCGACAAAGAGUGCAAAGAAGCCAUUGAUGGACUGAUCAAGUGCCAUGAAUUCAAACUCGAAGCUAAUGAGAGCAACUGGAGAAGCUGUGUGACCAAGACUACAGCCAUUCUCCAGGCCAAGCUCAGGAGGAAGAGCGUUGCUGAUAAAGAGGCAGUGGAAGGAUUUGAAGAGCUUCCCUUCCCUAGAAACAGAUCUUUUCUUGGCAGAGAGAAGGAGAUCACUGAAAUCGAGAUGGCUUUCUUUGGGAAUGGAGAGUAUCUUGAAUCUACAACGCCGAGCAUCAGAGGAGAAGCAAGUGGCCAAUCUGAAGGAUUUGCAGAUGAAGAGAGCGAUGUUGUUUCCAUUUCCACCAGGACAGGGAAAUAUAUUAGCUUGGAGCUCGGGAAAUGCUCAGAGCCAGCAAGUGAGGCAUGGAGUGGUGAACCAAAUGCUAACGCCAUGGGAAGAAACUCGCUGAAAAGGCUGUUGAACAGCAAGAAAUACAGAAACAGCAACUGCAAAGGGACGAGUGGUACAAGUGUCAUUUGCGUAAAUGGAGUACCCGGGAUUGGAAAGACGGAGCUGGUUCUUGAAUUCGCUUACCGGUAUUCCCAGAGGUACAAGAUGGUGUUAUGGGUCGGAGGGGAAGCCCGAUACUUCAGACAGAACCUGUUGAAUCUGUCACUCAGCUUGGGACUGGAUGUGAGUUCUGAUGCUGAAAAGGAGAGAGGGAGGCUUCGAAGCUUCGACGAACAAGAGUUCGAGGCGUUCAAGAGGAUAAAACGGGAGCUUUUCCGCGAUAUGCCGUAUUUGCUGAUCAUCGAUAACCUCGAGAUAGAGAAGGAUUGGUGGGAAGGAAAAGAUCUACAUGAUCUGAUUCCUAGGAACACUGGAGGCACACAUGUCUUGAUCACGGCCCGACUUCCCAAUGUCAUGAACUUUGACAUGAUCCAGCUCCCUCCAUUGCCUUUGUCUGAUGCAAUGCUUUUGUUGAGAGGAAGAAGAAAGAAAGAUAUCCCGACUGAGGAGGUAGAGAUCCUCAUGAAGUUUGACGAGAAAUUGGGACGUUCGAGCUAUGGCCUUUGGCUGACAGGAUCAUUGCUCUCGGAAUUGGCAAUCCCUCCAUCUGUGCUCCUUGAGGCAGUAAACAAAGUUCAGAUUGAAGACCGUUCACCCUCACCGUUUUGCAACAUAAACGAUGAACAAUACUGCAAAGCCAACCCUUUUAUUACAAAGAUCUUAACUUUCUGCUUGGCUGUCUUAGAGCAAGCUGAAGGAAACAGAAGCCUUCUCUCCUUGAAAAUGCUUCUGGUCGGAGCCUGGUUUGCCCCUGUACCAGUUCCGGCUAGCUUACUAGCUGCAGCUGCUAAGAAAAUGCCCACGGGUGGAAACCCUUUCAGCAUAUGGAGCAAAUGCUUGAGCCACACAUUCGCUUGGUGUGGUGGCUGUGAUCUAGGACACAGAAGUGAAGAGGAUUCAGCCCUUUUACUUGUCAGAUUAGGACUAGCGAGGAUAACUAACAGACAGCCUGGUUGUUGUAUUCAGUUCCAUCCCAUAACUCAAUCUUUUGCCAGGAGAAGAGACUGUGUACUAGCACCCAAGGCGACGGUUCAAGGCGUGAGGAAAAUCAACAAACCCGUGGUGAACCUUGACCACCUGUGGUCCUCAGCAUUCCUCGUGUUCGGAUUCAAAUCAGAACCGCCAUUGGUCCAGCUAAAGGCCGUUGAUAUGGUGGUUUACAUCAAGAAAACAGCUAUCCCUUUGGCAAUCACAGCUUUCACAACCUUCUCCAGGUGCAACUCAGCUCUAGAGCUCCUGAAAGUCUGCACCAACGUUUUAGAGGAGGUGGAGAAAUCGUUCGUUUCUCAGAUACAAGACUGGCGCCAUGCCUCGCUCUGCUGGAAGAAAUCUAGCAGGAGAAGGGUCGAUGAAUACGUGUGGCAGGACGUUACUUUGCUGAAAGCCACAUUGCUCGAGACCAGAGCGAGGCUGCUGUUGCGAGGCGGGCAUUUCGAAAGUGGAGAGGAGCUGUGCAGAACUUGUAUCAGUAUCAGGACAGUGAUGCUUGGCCACAAUCAUGCCCUCACCUUGGCUGCUCAAGAAACACUGGCGAAAUUAGUCAGGAUGCGGAGCAAGAUAUGAAAAGGCCUUGCACUAGAGGCUCAGUUUUGUAAUAGAAUGUAACGGUUUCCGAAACCAGUUCAGAACAAUCUCAUUCCUCUGUACAUUUCCAACUUCCUGGGAACAAUCAUGUUCAGAACUUACCAGACAUUUCAUCC